AUGCUGUCGGAUGGGCGGGUCAUAAAAAUGCCCGUUAAACAGGAAGAGGAAAAAGAGAAGGAAAAAGGCAAAGGGAAAAUAAAAGUGGACAAAGUACCAAAUGUUUGGGGAAGCAGUGCAGGGGCAGGAAGUGACUACUUUGAUCUUUAUCGAAAGCAAAGAAAUCAAGAAAAUGAAAGAAUCGAAUUAAUGGAAAAGAAGUGGAAAGAAUAUACACAAAAUCAAAUAUUCCAAACAUAUAGAAAAAAAAAGCUUAAAAAAAAAAAAAGACAAAUGAGGAAGAACAAAAUUAGGGAGCUACGAAAUAGUAAAAAGGCUAAAGUUCAAGGGGGGAGUGACGGGAAAACGGAAAAGGCAACCGACCAGGUGGGGGAAGACUCUUGUCCAAGCGAUUAUGAUGCUUCGAAGGAGGUGAAUAAAUCGGUCUCCUCCCAGAAGAAGCAUCAUAACCGUUCACCUACGCCUGAUGAGGAUGAGAUGGUAAAAUCUGAUAAGACAGAAUCGGGAGAGGACGAGUCUGAUAAGUUGGUGGCCCCCAACCCCGUGGACACAGAGACCUUUCUCGUGGUUAAGGAGGUGGAGGAGGAACUCUUCUAG